AUGACCCCCCGGACAACCCUCCUCGCCCCAAUCCACACCCUCCUCUCAGCCCUAACAUCCCCACCAACCUCACCUACCUACAUAUCCACCCUCCUCUCAACAUUCACCGUCGACCCCCUCCCCACAAUCCACGAACACGGUCUGCCCCAACUAGCCCCCUUCCUCGGCCGCUCCUUCACCGGCACAGACGGUGUAGCCCGCUACUUCGAGCUGCUGUGCGAGUACCUCACCAUCAGCGGGAUGACCUUUGAGCCUGAGGAGGCUUGGCUGGUGGAUGAUGCGUGUAUGGCGGUGGUGUUGAGGGGCCGGGGAAGGUUUACGUGGAAGGCUACGGGGCAGGGGUGGGAUGAGACGUUUAUCUAUCGGGUUGCUGUUGCGGAAGAGGUGAGUGAUACUGCCGGCGCUAGUAGCGGUUCUAGUGGUGGUGGUUCUGGUAGUGGUGAUUUUGGUUCUGGUGAUGGGGAGGGCGUUGAUAUGGCCCGGACGGGGAUUAGCCGGGCUGGUGGGAAGGGGGUGUUGAAGGUCGUCGAGUAUCGGGUUUGGGCGGAUACCGGGGCAGCGUAUUUAGCGCGGUAUGGCCGGUUGGUUGAUUUGAUGGGGGAGAGGGGGGGUGUGGAGGGGAUUUACUUUGCGGAUGGAGGUGGGGAUGAGCAGGCCGAAGAGAGGAAGAUGGAAGGGAGGGAGACGAGGGGGUCGUUGAGUCGGAAGAGGAGUGGGCAUCAGGAUGUGCUGGGGUCUGGGCUGAGUGUUUAUGGGAGUUGUGGGUGA